CACGGAAACUCCUGCUUUCCCUAUAUCACUCUCUUCUGCCCUCCCCAAACCCCUUUGCAAUAGGGCAAGAUGAUUGACGAAAACCUGCCAACGUUCUUCUUGAAGAACAAUUCGCAGACCCCUCAACAGAGUACAAUCUACCAUCGCCAGUAUGGAAAUGAAGCGGAACCGGCAUAUACCCUCAGAUAUCUCGAUCCGACAGCCAUCACGUCACAAAACCGCUAUGGCGUCGCCCUCUACGACCCCUACGUUCCGGACAUCGUCUACGGCGAAGUCGCCGUGAGUCCUGAAUGGACACAACCAAGCUUAUCAGCAGAUACAAUUCGAGCCAACGGUGGCACCGCCCCACCUCCAGAGCCUAUCCUUCCCACGGAGUUCGCUAUCCAGCUAUACAACCCCGAUCAGCAAAUCGUGAUCCGUCACCAGCCUAAAACGUGGAACAAACCAGCGCGAUGGGAGUUCGAGAUGCCACAGCGCUCAUUCCGAGUCCCGUCAUCUUCUACACUAGAUCGGACGCAGAGUGAUCCCGCAGCAGCAGAUAUUACCCCAAAGCUGCGCUUCAGCUGGCGCAAAGACGGGAAACUUUCCAAGGAUCUCUCAUGCUUGCUUCAUGGAAAAACCACCUCGGUUGCGGAGACCAAGAACAAGAGUCGUGAGCCAGAUAUUACGGUGGCUCUAUUCCAGGGCCUAAAAGAGUUGACGCUCUACGAACCGAAUCUAUACCGCGUGGAGAUGGAGGACUUCAAGGGCUUAGAGGUCGUGUUGUUACUCGCGGCGGUAGCUAUCCGCGAUAUUUUCUUCGGUCCAGCCAAGGAAGCCUUCCACAUCGUCCCCGGUGGCACAACUGUAGUGAACAGCAGACCGCAGGCGGCUGUCCCUGCUCGCAAGAGCCCGAAGGCGCAAGCUACAGGCGCUAUCCCAGCCCGCAAGCCCGAACCACCCCGAUCCUCAAUUGCAAACCCCCAAUCCCCUGCGCCGCAGGUACGGCGAAAACAGGACGAACUGGCGGCACAAGAGGAGCGCAAAACACAAGAACUGCUUGCAGCGGAGCGAAGACAGCAGGAAAAUGUACGACGUCGGAAAGAGGUCGAAUUGGACAGCGAGACGAAACGUCUACAAAAGCUCUAUGGACAAGAGGAGCAGCGAGUUCGACUGCACCGCCCCAAUCCAACUCCUUCCUCACGACCAAGUCCCUCCUCACGACCAAAUCUUCCGCUUCGUCCCAGCGGGCCAUACAACUCGCAUCAAUACUCCCAGUCUCACUCCCAUGUGGCAUCUCGACCCCCGCCCCAACCUGGCCGCCAUCCUCGUCCGCAAUCAUAUUACCCCCAAAGCCAACCGGCUCCUACUGUCGCAAAUAGCCCAUACCUUCAGCAUCCUGCUCGCCCUGACCCUCGAUCACAAUCUACCGUCAGCUUUGCCCAGCCUCGCCCACAGUCUACUGUGGGGCUUUACCAGGUACCUGCUAGUACUGGGGCUUUGCCAGCAGGACAGCCACCUCGUCCUCAGCUUCAACCCAAGAAAAGCAGCUUCUUUGGCUUUAGGCGGAAGGAGGAGGGCAGCACUCCGAAUAAGUUGGAUAAAAAGCGGAGUUCCAUGUUUUGA